AUGAAGUAUUCCACCGGGAGACGUCUCGCCGUGGAUACACAGACAGCGUAUACUCUUGCACUGCAUCUUUCUCUCUACGACGAACCUGGUCAAAUUCGGAAGGCAGCCGAGCGGCUCGACUACCUGGUCCGCCGCGGCGCUCGUUUCAGCAUUGCAACUGGCUUCGCUAGUACACCAUACCUUGGACAUGCUAUGACCAAAUGUGGUCUUUCAGAUGUCUUCUAUCGUAUGCUCCUCCACACCAAAUGCCCAUCCUGGCUUUACCCUGUCACUAUGGGCGCAACGACGAUGUGGGAGCGGUAG